ACAAGAAGACGUUCAAAUUAGAUGGUUGAGAUCAGGAAAUAUUUUCAACUAACUCAGUAUUUAACAGAGACGGGUAUUAACUAGUUACAUAGAGAAGCAGCAUUCAGCUUCUAUGCACCACAAAUCAAAACAAACAUCCAGAAAAUUGCAAAACAGCUGAAACACUGAAUCUUUUAAAUCAAGACAAAAAACCCAUCUAUCUAGAGUUGCUGUUAAAACAUUGUAAAAGAAACACUGACCAACAUUUCGAGAACCGGUUCUUCUACAGCCCUAACAUUGUUGCUGUUUCGACAUUACAAGACAAACUGACUCUUCAUUCAUUGCUUCCAGCCUCUCCCUCAGGCUGACUUUCCUGUUCAAACCUGCCUUGAAGCUGGGAGGAACCAGCGCCUGAUUGGCUGAAGCCUCUCUGCACUCACAUGUGAGUCACAGAUCAGAGCUCAAACCAGUUGCUGUUUCCAGUAAACUCACACAGCUCCUGUGACCGAGAGCCAGAAUGGAGCACAAUCAGCUGGAUAGAGAAACUUUAUGCUGUUCGAUCUGCCUGGAUCUACUGAAGGAUCCGGUGGCUAUUGCCUGUGGACACAACUACUGUAUGAACUGUAUCAAAACCCACUGGGAUGAAGAGGAUGAGAAAGGAAUCCACAGUUGUCCACAGUGUAGGGAGACAUUCACACCGAGGCCUGUGCUAAAGAAGAACACCAUGCUAGCAGCUUUAGUGGAGCAGAUGAAGAAGACUGGACUCCAAGCUGCUGCUGCUGAUCACCGCUACGCUGGACAUGAAGAUGUGGCCUGUGAUGUCUGUAGUGAGAUAAAACUGAAAGCCACCAAGUCCUGUUUAAUCUGUCUGGCCUCUUACUGUGAGAAACACCUUCAGCCUCAUUAUGAUGUGGCUCCUUUAAAGAAACACAAGCUGGUGGAGCCGUCCAAGAACCUCCAGGAGAACAUCUGCUCUAUGCAUGAUAAGCUGUUGGAGAUCUUCUGCCGCACUGAUCAGAAGUGUAUCUGUUAUCUCUGCUCUGUGGAUGAGCAUAAAGGCCAUGACACAGUGUCAGCUGCAGCAGAAAUAGCCGAGAGGCAGAGAGAGCUGGAGGAGAGACAAAAGAAAAUUCAACACUUGAUUCAGGACAGAGAGAAAGAUGUGAAGCUGCUUCAACAGGAGGUGGAGGCCAUCAAUUACUCUGCUGAUAAAGCAGUGGAGGACAGUGAGAAGAUCAUCACCAAGCUGAUCCGUCUCCUCCGGAAAAGAAGAUCUGAUGUGAAGCAGCAGAUCAGAUCCCAGCAGGAAACUGAAGUGAGUCGAGUCAAAGAUGUUCAGGAGAAGCUGGAGCAGGAGAUCACUGAGCUGAAGAGGAAAGACGCUGAGCUGGAGCAGCUCUCACACACAGAGGAUCACAACCAGUUUCUCCUCAACUACCCCUCACUGCCAGCACUCAGUGAGUCUACACACUCAUCCAGCAUCAACAUCCGUCCUCUGAGACACUUUGAGGACGUGACAGCAGCUGUGUCAGAGCUCAGAGAGAAACUACAGGACGUCCUGAGAGACUCAUGGACAAACAUCUCACUGAUGGUCACUGAGGUGGAUGUUCUACUGUCAGAACCAGAACCAAAGAGCAGAGAUGGAUUCAUGAGAUAUUCAUGUGAAAUCACACUGGAUCCAAACACAGCACAUACACAACUGUUACUAUCAGAGGGGAACAGGAAGGUGAGACUGAUGGAUCAACCUCAGUCUUAUCCUAGACAUCCAGACAGAUUCACUCAUUACUAUCAGGCUCUAAGUAGAGAGAGUCUGACUGGACGUUGUUACUGGGAGGUGGAGAGGAGUGGAGGACCAACUAUCAUAGGAGUCACAUACAAGAAUAUCAGCAGAGUAGGAAUAGGAAAGGACUGUUUAAUUGGAGAUAACGGCAAAUCAUGGGCAUUAAAUUGUCAUGAUUCUAAAUUUGGUCACAACAACAUCUGGACCUCCGUCUCAGGUCCAGGUUCCUCCAGAGUGGGAGUGUACCUGGAUCACGGAGCAGGUAUUCUGUCCUUCUACAACGUCUCUGAAUCCAUGACUCUGCUGCACAGAGUUCAGACCAGAUUCUCUGAACCGCUGCUGGCUGGAGUUUAUGUUUAUAACACUGGAUGUUCUGCAGAGUUCUAUAAACCCAACUAGAUUUUCUCUCUGAUUGUUGAUCAGGGUUCAUUAUUCUGAUGUCUGUUCCACAGUUUUGUUUCUGAUUUUUCUGGUUUAAAUGUAUUUCUGUCAGUCAAGGAGCCAUAAAGGAAACCCUGCUGAUGUUUUCUUUCAUUCUAAUAAGACAUAACUAUUUCUCCACAAAAAAAUCUAAACGUCUCUGGGAUCUAGUAGUUUUCGGUAAUAUUUCUAUUGAGCUAUUAGGAUGUUGUUGUUAUUUAAAUCAGUUGAGAUUGAAAUUAACUGAAUUUACUUCAUGUUGGUUCCAUUAUUGUAAUUCCAAGAAGUGAAACUACCAUAAACUUAGAACUAAUGCUGUUUUCUUUUAAAUCUUUAUAUCAAUAUCAGUAGAAUAAAUUUCUGCUGUUGUGUCUCUUUGGCUUUCUUCAAUAAAACAACUUGAUUACAGAGACAUUUUGACUUGUUUUUCUUAAUUUUUACAAGUUUUUUUCCGAGUCCUAUCAAAGGGCAGAAACAUUUCCUUCAACAGGUCUCAGGUGAUGCUGGAGAAGAAAAGAUCCACAUCUAACAUAUACAGCAACAAUCUGAGUUAAAAUGGAUUACAUUUAUCUUUAAGAUCAAGUUCCCGUCCUGGAAGGUUGUGCCAGUUUAUGCCGGGAUGGAAGGAUGAUUGGAUGUAUGACUGCAUGAAUGUAUGGAUGGAUGAGAGACGACUGGUUGGUUGAUGGAUGGAUAAGAAGAUAUACCAACGGAUAGUUAGAAGGAUGGACCAAUCAUUGAAUGGUUGAUUAUUUUGUUGGAUGAAAAUCUGGAUAAAUUGGUGGCAUCAACUAAUGGUUUGAUUGAUGAAUGGAUGAAUGGAUGAAUAGAACACUUGGUAGAUUGUUGGUUGUUCUGGAUGGAUAGUAAGAAGAAUGGAUGAAUUGAUGGAUGGAAGAAUCAUUGAUUAGAUAGAAUCACCAAAGGAAAAUCUUAAAACUUUGGCAGAAAACAUGGAGAACUAUUGAUCAAAGGAAUAUGGAAAGAAAUAAAAAAUGACUAAAACCUUUUUCCCAAUCCUGUCCAUUGAAUAAGGAUCAUACACAAGGUCAUUAUAAUUAAAAGUAUUAUAUAUAUGCACGUUUGCUGAGACACUGCAAAGACGUUCUUGGUUGAAAAGAAUAAAUUUUACUAACAAAUGUGUCAAAAUAAACAUUACCAGGAUGUAAAAUACACA